CUAUGUCACUAACCUCUUGGUGGUCUUCACACAGAGUGCUUCCUGUUUGAAGGCUGCCCUGCCCCAAUAAAUGAUUGGACAUUUCAGAUGUCAUGUAAUUUUGAUCAUGUGAUAUCACAGCUUGUGUGAGCCCACAGUUACAUUAACUUUCUUUUGCAAGGGGAAGACCUAUACCUGCUUAAGCUUAAGUGUCCCACAUUAGGCGAAUCCACUCUAUGGGUCUGAUCACUUUUUUAAUGAAUUGACAUCAUUCCAGACAGGAUGUCAGUGUGUCUGUGACCUCCUGUACGGACUGAAGGCUGCUGGAAACUGUCGGGAAACUGUCCGACUUCACCGCAGCUUUUUGUCACCGCCCCUGCUGCAGCCGCCUGCUCUCGUCUACUUUCCAGGCGAGAGCAGUUCAUCUCCAGCGAGCCUACUCCCUCCUCCCAGUGCCAACUGGCAAGAAAAUGCGGAACAAACAGCUACCACUUCUUCAUCAAAACAAGAUGAAAAAUCUACUUUUGCUGCUUCUCUUGUGUCACGUGUCGUCAUCAGUAAAACACUCCCUGAAGUUUCUCCUCACUGCAUCUUCUGGAGUUCCAAACUUCCCACAGCUUGUGGGUACUGCAGUGGUUGAUGACAUUCUAGCUGGUUACUGCGACACCGAUAUAAAGGUCGUAGAACCAAAACAGGACUGGGUGAAAACAGCAUUAGAAAACAAUCCGCAGCAUUUGGAGUGGUACACUCAAUACUGUUUUGAGAUCCUGCCACAUGCCUACAAAGCCUGGAUGGACGACUUGAAGCAGCACUUCAACCAAAGUGGAGAUAUCCACAUUUUCCAGAGGCUGAAUGGCUGUGAGUGGGAUGAUGAGACUGGAGAGGUAAAGGGUUUUGUGCAGUAUGGUUAUGAAGGAGAAGACUUCAUGUCAUUGGACCUGAAGACACUGACAUGGAUCGCUCUGAAACCACAGGCUGUCAUCACCAAACUGAGAUGGGAUGCUGACAAAGACAGACUAAAACGCCAUGAAAACUACUGAACUCAUGUUUGUCCUGAGUGGCUGAAGACUUAUGUGGCCUUUGGAAAU